CACACAGACGUGUGGAGACGCUGUAGCGGGAAGAUGUGGCCUCGGCAGGAGCUUUUAAAGCCGAUAUGGCACGCAUUCUCAGCCCUGGACCUGGACCAUGAGGGGAAGGUGUCCAAGUCUCAGUUGAAGGUGCUGUCUUACAACUUGUGCACGGUGAUGAGGAUCCCUCAUGACCCCCUGACCCUCGAAGAACAUUUCAAAGACGACAACGAGGGGCCGGUCUCCAACCACGGCUACAUGCCGUACCUCAACAAGUUCAUCCUGGACAAAGUAUGCCAAGAUUUUGAUGUGGAGGAGUUCAACAAGAUGUGCUGGACUCUGUGUUACAAGAAGAAUAUACACACCAAGCAUCUGCUCAUCUCAGACCACGAUGCUUUCAAAGUCUGGUGUAUUUUCAACUUUCUGUCAGAAGACAAAUAUCCUCUAAUCAUCGUCAUUGAAGAGAUCGAGUACUUCUUGCGAAAGCUGACUGAAGCCAUGGGGAGUGUAUGGAGCGAGCCUCGCUUUGCAGAUUAUAAGCUGAAGAUGAAGACCAAGACGUGGCUGACCGCCUGGGAGCUGAUCGAGCUCGUGGGGCUCGGUUACUUCAGCCAGGGCGUGAACCGCCACUCUAUGUCCAUGGGCAUCGACGCCGUCUUCAUCGAGCUCAUACUGGACGUGCUCAAGCAGGGAUACAUGUUGAAAAAAGGCCACAAACGGAAGAACUGGACGGAGCGCUGGUUUGUCCUCCGACCUUCCUCUCUGUCGUACUACGUCUGUGAGGAUCUGCUGGAGAAGAGAGGAGACAUUAUUCUGGAUCAAGCCUACUGUGUGGAGCCUCUCCCAGAGAAAGAGGGGAAGAAAUGUCUUUUCAUCAUUAAAUGUGCUGAUAAAAACUUUGAGAUCGGCGUGUCUGACAGGAAGAAGAGGCAGGACUGGAUCCAAGCGAUCCAGACGUGCAUCCAGCUGCCGAGGCGGGGGCUGACGUCCCCCCACCGGGAGGCUCGGCUGAGCCGCCGGGAGCUGCGGCUGAGGCGCCACGUGGACGAGGACGACCUGUCCGAGAGGAUGAGGCAGCUCCAGGCCGCCAACGAGAGCAAACAGAGGCAGCUGGAGGACAUGAGGAUGAAAAUGGAAGAGGCUGAAGCUAAAGCGGCGCUGGAGGAGCUGAGGAGAAAGAAAACUCAGGCAGACCUGCAGGAUCGCUACAGAAAGGACCUGGAGAGAGAGAAAAUGGUGCGUCAGCAGAUGGAGGAGCAGGUGGCUCAGAAGUCCAGUGAGCUGGAGCAGUAUCUGCAGCGCGUCCGCGAGCUGGAGGACAUGUACCACCGGCUGGAGGAGGCCCUGGAGGACGAGCGGCAGGCCAAGCGGGACGAGGAGGCCAUGAGGAAGCUGCAGGCCAAGCUGCUGGAGGAGGAGGCAGCGAAGAGGGCAGAGCUGGAGCAGAUCCACCUGCAGCAGCAGAGGGCGCUGUCCCAGACCCAGGCGGAGAAUCAGGAGCUGCUGGCCGAGCGGCUGGCCAAGGAGAGAGGCCUGCAGGCAGCCAUGCAGCAGCUGGAGAGACUGGAGAGCGAGCGGAGGGGGGCGCUGGAGCAGUACCAGAUAGUAUCGAAAAACCUGGAGCGAGCAGCGAACAAGACGAAGAAGUGGAAGGACAAGGUGGCCAAACAGGAGGGGCUGCUGCGUCUCAUCCAGCCAGGAGACAAAGCACCGCAGCUGAUCACUAACUGGGGUCCCGCUUCGUUUACCAACUCUGAGCUUGAGCUGAGGAAGAAGACGUGGCAGGACAGUAAGAUCCAGGCAGCUCAGGCUCCGUGGCCCAACGAAUAAGACUCUUAUAUAGGCCGACUACGAGAUAGAUGACACAUGGCUAAAUUCUCUGAACUCGCACUCCUGUUCUCAUCGAUAACAAACGAUAAUGGUGCUGAAAUGAAGAGGCAGCAUGAACCUUUGUUGAGCUGCUGAUGCGAGAAGUAAUGAGUCACAAGCACCCAUGUUACUGCAAUCAGGUCUUAUUUCGAGGUUUAUUCAUGACUGUAUUUUUCAAGCAUGUAAUUAAGUCCCACAAGAGCAGAAUUUUUCCCAUGUUACCACCUGAAACCGACUGUGAUCGGCUUUUCUCCUUUUUGAACUGUGAGUCAUCACCUGUCACAAUAACAAAUUGCAAAUUGAAUUACUAUUGCAACCUUUUUUAUCAGGCAAUGUGUUUAUACUUUUAACAUAAAAAGUAAAAAAAAAAAAGAAGAAGAAGAAGAAGAAGUAUCACA